UCGAGGAAAGCCACCGCGCGCUUCCCUCGGCUCGCCGGUCCCCCUGUUCCGCCAGCCUUCCACAAUCUGCUUUCUCAUUGGUGGCGCCAGUCACGUGCUGCUGGUACCCACUUUGUUUCUUUCUCGCCGCCGGGCGGCGGCUUCAGCCAGGGCGGCUGUAACCGGUUUGAGGCAGAGAGAAAGAGCGGCUCAGGCAUCCGCGCUGCCAACCGAGCAGCCGGUUGGCUGGGCUGAGGCUUCGCUCCCUCCGCAGCCCAGAAGCCGGCGUUUCGCAGUGGAAGGAAGCUGGUCGCCUGCUGUGGGAGAGCCACUGCCGCCGCCGCCGCCGCCGCCCUCCCCAUCGGGGUCCUCCAUCCUCCCCAGGCGCCUUCGCGAGCCUUCCCUGCCGACCAGGUUACAUCUGCCAUUGAACAGCAUUUUCAAAUAUGGCACCUUGUCAGGUUACCUUUGAAGUCAGAGGAGUCUCACCACCAGGAGAGGUUUUGGCCAUAUGUGGAAGCUGCAACUCUCUGGGAAACUGGAACCCUCAGUGUGCGGUGAUGCUUCAUCCGGAGGAUGAAGCCGGUGAUGUCUUACUAUGGAAAGCUAUAGUUGACCUUCCUAGAGGAGCUGAUGUUGAGUACCGGUAUUUUCAAGGGACCUUUCUAGAAGCCCUGAAUACCGGUGGUCCAAUGCAAGUCAUAGUUCACAAGUGGGAGACUCAUCUACAUCCACGAUCAAUAACCCCUUUAGAGGAUGAAAUCUCUAUUGAUGAUGGACACUUUGGAAACUUCGAUGGUGUGGAUAGCAUCGACUGGGGAUGGCUGACGUGUCAGACAGAAAUCAGACUGCGCCUGCAUUAUUCUGAAAAACCACCUAUAUAUAUAACUAAGAAAAAAUUUAAAAAAUCUAGAUUUAGGGUGAAACUUACCCUAGAAGGCUUAGAGGAGGAGAGUGAAGAUGAAGAGGAUGAUAGACUGUCUCCUACAUUUCAUCAUAAAAUGGCAAAUACGCUAGAGAUCUCGGCAAUAAGUGAAAAUGAAUUCAAAUCUCGGCAUUCUCAGCCAGAAUGUGGUUAUGCUGUGCAGCCUCAGAAAUGGACAGAAUAUAGUAUACAGACCAUGGAGCCAGACAACUUGGAAUUAAUCUUUGACUUUUUUGAGGAAGAUCUUGGUGAAGCCGUUAUACAAGGAGAUGCAUUUCCAGGCCAUGUGGGCUCUGCGUGUCUGUUAUCCUCCACAAUCGCAGAAGCAGGAAAGAGUGGUGGUGUUCUCACACUUCCAAUUAUGAACAGAAUUUCACGAAAAACCAUUGGAAAAGUUAGAGUGGACUACUUAAUUAUUAAGCCCAUUCAAGGAUACUUCUGUGACAUGCAAGCUGCAUAUGCCAAAUACUGGAAACGAAGAACUGGGCUAGAUGUUGGGCACAGGGGUGCAGGAAACUCUACAACGACUACAAAGCUUGCAAAACUUCAAGAAAAUACAGUUGCUUCUUUAAAGAGUGCUGCUAAACAUGGAGCAGCGUUUGUGGAAUUUGAUGUACAUCUUUCCAGGGAUUUCAUCCCCAUUAUAUAUCAUGAUCUUACUUGCUGUAUGACAAUGAAAAAGAAAAAUGAUCUGGAUCCAUUGGAACUGUUUGAGAUACCAGUAAAAGAGCUCACAUUUCCCCAACUGCAGUUGCUAAAGCUAACAAACGUUGUUGCAUUGAAGUCUAAAGAUAGUCAAGAAUCAUUUAAAGGAGAAGAAAACACUUCUUCUGACAUGCAGCCAUUCCCCUCUUUACAAACUGUACUAGAGGUCAUUCCUGAAAAUGUUGGCUUUAAUAUAGAAAUAAAAUGGAUCUGCCAGCAAAGGGAUGGCAAAUGGGAUGGUGAUCUUUCAACCUACUUUGACAUGAACCUCUACCUAGAUAUAAUUUUGAAAACUGUUCUGGUCAAAGCUGGAAGUAGAAGAAUUGUAUUUUCUUCAUUUGAUGCAGACAUAUGUACAAUGGUCAGACAUAAACAAAACAAAUAUCCCAUAUUAUUUUUAACGCAAGGAAAAACUGUAGUUUAUCCAGAACUCAUGGAUUUCCGGUGUCGUUCAACAUCAAUUGCCAUCAGUUUUGCACUGUUUGAAAAUCUGCUGGGGAUAAAUGCACAUACAGAAGAGUUGAUGGUGAAUCCAUCAUUUAUUGAAGAGGCCCAGUCUAAAGGCUUAGUUGUCUUCUGCUGGGGUGAUGAGGCGAAUGACCCUGAAAAUCGGAAGAAGCUGAGAGAAUAUGGAGUUCAGGGUUUGGUAUAUGACAGAGCUCUAUCUUUAUCUGAAUAUUUGUCAAGCAAUGUGAUUAUAAGGAUUUAUGACUCCAUGCCCGAACAGCCAAAUAUUUUCCAGACAGAGCAGCUAGAACGGCUGAAGAAAGAGGUACCAGAGCUGAAAAGCUGCGUUUGUCCCACUCUUAGCCACUUUAGUAGUCAUGCUUUGUGUAAAUGUAGUAGCAGACCAAGAUUGGUAGAUAGUACAGAAAGUCUCUAGCAGACUCCACAACAGAAGAGAAUUUUACUUGAUGUGUACAUCCAAUUCCCUCAGCUGAACAAUGCUAGCAAUCCCUCGCUGUUCUUACCUCCAAAUGAAGCAAUAAUACAUGGCCCACUGUUGUGUGUAUUAAAAAAAAAGUCCAUUGCUAGAUUGUCAAAGCCUGCUAAAGUGCUUGGUCAGUUGUAAUUAUUCUGUAUAAUUCUUGUAUAUUCUGAACUGACCAGUUUAAGAUUAAAUCUCUGUACUGUAACAUAUGCACCUGGUUUCUGCACAAUCUGAAGUGCUAUAGUUGCACACAAGUUGCUAUGAUCUAAAUUGCCAAAUAUCAUAGUAUGAUUUGACUCCAUUGCUAGUCGCUGGAUGAGUGGAGAGAUUGUACUAUAUAAAAUUAUAUUUCACCUCCAAUGCAUGCAUUUGCACUGACGAAUGCAUCCAUACAAACGUGUAUGCCAUCACAUUGCACAAGUACAAUUAUCUAUUUUUAUUGUUGCUUUCUGACUGUUCUUUUGUUUUGUCAGAUAGAAUGAGAAAUAUGGUGUAGUCUCUGUCUAGCAACCUACAGGUGACUAGUCCCCCUUCUCCACUUUUGUGUAUUAUAUUGUGCUGAAGUUCAGAAUGUUGCAAAUCAAUAUAAGCCAAAUUGCCAGUAUCUAACUGCAGGUUUAAAAAAAAAAAGGUAUCAUUGUACUUAAAUAUGAAAGGCACAGAUGCACAAUUCAAAAUUCAGUAAGCACUAAGCAUGAAGCUGUAAAUGUUGGUAGCAGUCCUUGUGCCCUUGUGGUGCUAGUAUGGUGCAAGGGUACUAAAGGCUGAACAAAAAUGCUUAAUCUUUGCUGCUGAAACGCCUCAGGCCUUCAUGUAAAUAGUUAAAUAAGACCUUUACCAUCUUGUUCUUUUUAUUUCUGGCCACUAGGAAGGAAGGAAGCGUGUGCAUGUGUGUGUGUGUGUUUAAAAAAAGAAUAUAAAAUUGAUUUUCAAAUUGUGAGACUUUCGAACUUUAAUCUUUAGCUAAUGUACACUGUGUAUAACUUAUUCAGAAAUUAUGGUAUAGAAUAUCUUGUCACAUAUGUAUGUUUGUAUUGUCAAAUACAUACCUCUCUCCAGUAGCAGGUAAUUGAAACCCAGUUCCUGCAACUUCUUACAGAAGUGUUAAAUGCAUAAUAAAAAUGAUAAAUAUUUAUUUUUUCCUCUGGCAAAUCAAUAAUUGAAGCAACUUGUAUGAUAUGAAUCUUGUCACUGCUGUACAAUAAAUCCAAGUAUGUACCUGG